UUCCAUCUGUCGAAGUGUACACAAUAUGAAGGCGAAAUCUCUGUGCUUAUCCGUCUUCAUAGUGGCGUUUCUUCUUGCCUCUGAGAAGCCAAGAGUCAAUGGAAUAUUUUUACCUUCCGAGUUGCUAGGAUUUGCUGCAAAAGAACUCAAUUCUUUGAUAACCGAUGUAUCUACUGGCGUCAGCGCUAUUCUGUUACCAGAACGUUCCACAAUGCGGCCGAUUCCAAGGGGGAGUAGAGGAAGUCAAACGUAUGUGGAUACAAAAAAUUUGCAGGUACCAGAUACCUCCGACGAAAAUAAGGAGACGGCAAGUUCAACACAGAAUAAUGAAAGCGAAAAUAAGAGUAAUUCCCAGAAAACAGAUGUGACCGAUGAAGAAAAGGAGACAAAUAACUCGGCAGAAAAGAAUGGAAGCGGAAGUAAAGAAGGCGAAGUUUCUGUGGAGACGGCUAAUACGCAGAAGUCAGAUAAUACACACGAAGCAGAAAAGUCAUCCGAAAAUCAAGAAUCAAUAGGAAAGAUAUUAGAUUUGGAUAAUUUUUUGAAAUCCCUUGUAAAGUACUUCAAUGAAUGCAAGUUAAAACAGUCAAAAGGCAAACACGAAUCGUAUUCAAAUGUAGUAUGCCAAUGGUAAUAUAAAAUAUUCUUCGAAGAUUACAAUUCUUACUUCACACAAGUAUUGUAAGUCUAAAGGAAGUGUAAGAGAAGAGUAAAUAAAAAUAAAUGAA